AUGGUUGACCUCUGUCGACACUCAACUUUAUCCACCAAUAACACGCUGGGCUCUCCUAAUAGUACAAAUGAUGCAAAUAACGGAAGUUCAAAUUUCUUCCCAUCAUUAUUCCUUCCUUAUUCACAACUGAUUGACCCUGAUAGACAAGAAUCGGUUACAGCAGCCAUAGCAGCUGCAACAGCUGCUGCUGUAAUGGCAUCAUCAGCCAUGGAACGAACACGUCUCGAAGAAGAAAAAUUACGUGUUCAAGCUAAAGAUAAAAAAGAUCAAAGUGCAAAUGCAUCGGCCGAGGUUAAAACUCAUUUAAAAAGUUUUAUAUGUCGAAAAUUACAAAAAGAAGGCAAACUAGGAAAUCAAGAAUCGAUCGAAAUGUUGAGACGAUUUCAAUCAGAACCUGCACUUGCUAACCCACGUCUCGAAUCAGGCAAUUUUAAAAUAAAAUCCGAUUUACGUCAAAGUAUCCUUCAUCGCCAUCGGCAUGUUACACCAAUGUCAGAUAAACGCCAUCCAAUACGUUCAACUACUCUAGUUGAAAAACAGAAACACGCUACCCCACCUAUUCCGAUAAUGUCAUUUGAUUCUCAAACCGGUCAAAUACCUCCGCCGGAGCAAUUAUGGUUUGAUUUGAAUGAUUUACAGCAGAAACUCUAUAGUUGCUAUUCAACAGGUUCUAUUAGUGGAACUAAUAAUGGUCAACGAAAUCAUUUAAAUCUUAUACAUGGUAAUCAACAUCGUACAAAUAUUCUUGGUCCAAAACAUUUUAUAGUGGAAGAAGAAAAUGAAGCAUUAUUAGCUAAAGAAUUACAGGAAGCAAAAAUUCAAAGUCCUUUUAAUAGUCAUAGUUCCAUGCAUAGUAGUCAACCACAAAUAUUUAAUUUUGAAUCCAAUGACUUCAAUAAUAAAAAUUCAAAUUCAUCAACAGACCGUUUAGCAUUGCAUUCCAAAUCAUUAUCAUCUUUAUCAGCCAUAGCAUCACCAACAGAUAAUAAACUACAAAAAAAUCUUUCCGAUUUAACACGAAUGCGUUUUACUACUGGUAAGAUUAAUCUAAUCUUGUUUUUUUUUCCUGAUUUUAUUCAUUUUUUGUUUAUUAAAACAAAAGGAGUUGUUUAUGAUGAAGAUUCAUUAAAACAUGAAUGUUAUUGUAAACGUACAGAUCUUCAUCUUGAAAAUCCUCGUCGUUUACUUGUUAUUUAUGAACAAUUAAAAAAAUGUAAUUUAUUAGAUGAUUGUGAAAUAAUUCAUAAUUAUUGUGCAACGAUUGAUAUAUUAACUGAUUGUCAUGAUCCUACUCAUGUUUAUUUAUUUGGUUGUGAUCAACGACAACGUACACAACAAUCGGCAAUGCUAUUAACUCAACGACUUAAUUCAAUUGUACAAUUACCAUGUGGUGGUUUUGGUAUUCAUGAUGAUACUGAUACAAUAUGGAAUGAACUAUAUACAGCACGUGCAUGUCGUUUAGCUAUUGGUAAUACCAUUGAACUAUCAAAACAUGUUUUUGAUGGAAGAUUAAAAAAUGGUUUUGCACUUGUAAGACCGCCAGGUCAUCAUGCAAGAGAAAAACCAUUAGGUUUUUGUUAUUUUAAUACUGUUGCUAUAACAGCUAAAUAUUUAAAAAAACAUCGAAAUAUUGAUCGUAUUGCUAUUGUUGAUUGGGAUAUACAUCAUGGAAAUGGUACACAAGAUUUAACAUAUAAUGAUCCAAAUAUUCUUUAUAUAUCAUUACAUCGUUAUGAUAAUGGAACAUAUUUUCCUGGUGGUGGACGAAUUGAAGAAUGUGGAUGUGAUGAUGGUCUCGGUAAAAAUGUGAAUAUUGCCUUUUCUGGUGAACCACAAUCCGUUAUGACAGAUGUAGAAUAUUUAGCAGCAUUUAGAAGUAUUGUUAUGCCAAUAUUAGAACAAUUUCAACCCCAAAUCAUUCUUGUUUCAAGUGGCUUUGAUGCUUGUAUGGGACAUCCACAUCCACUUGGUGGUUAUGAAUUAACACCAAAAUGUUUUGCUUAUAUGACAAAUCAAUUGAUGAAUCUUGCCGAUGGGAAAGUUGUUUUAGUUUUAGAAGGUGGUUAUGAAUUAAAUGCAUUAGCUGAAUGUGGAAAAUUAUGUGUUGAAGCAUUACUUGGUCGAGAAUUACCAUCAUUUAGUAAAGAAACUCUUGAAGCUAAACCAAAUCUAUAUGCAGUACAUAGUUUACAACAUGUUAUGGAAGUACAACGUGAAUUUUGGCCGUCAAUUGUACAAUAUAAACAUCUAAUUUCCAUGUCUCAUGAACAAGCCAUUACUUCGUGA